AUGCCAAAAACAUUCAAAAUCGCCGUACUUCCAGGAGAUGGAAUUGGCCCCGAGGUCGUUGAGCAAGCCCUCAAUAUCCUCAAUGUGAUUGCCGAUGCGAGCCCGGAUCUAUCACUAGACAUCAGUACCCAUCUCUUUGGUGGUUGCGCUAUAGACGCCGUUGGAAAACCACUCCCAGAGGAGACGUUGGCAGCGUGCAAGAGCGCACACGCUGUCCUGAUGGGCAAGUGUACCCCUAUCCCUGCUCUUUCGGAUUCUUAUUCUCAUCUAGGAUCUGUCGGAGGACCAAAGUGGGGUGUUGGACUCGUCCGACCAGAACAAGGUCUCCUCGCCCUCCGCAAGGAAUUGGGACUCUAUGCCAAUAUCCGACCAGCCUCGUUUGCAUCCGACUCUCUCCUCUCACACAGUCCCCUUAAAGAAUCAGUGGCCAAGGGUGUCGACUUUAUCGUCGUGCGCGAGCUUAUUGGUGGCCUCUACUUUGGCGAGCGAAAGGAACUCACCUCGAGCACGGGUGGAACAGGUUUUGCCCAAGAAGACGCAGCAUAUGAUACUAUGAUAUACUCCGUCGGCGAAGUCGAACGCAUCACACGGGUAGCUGCUCAAAUCUCACUCGCAUGCGACCCACCACUCCCCAUUCAUUCUAUCGACAAGGCCAAUGUGUUGGCAUCGAGUCGGUUGUGGAGAAAGAUUGUUACUGCGACCAUCGAGCGCGAGUAUCCCAUGCUCGUACCGCUUUUAGACCACCAAUUGGUUGACUCGGCUGCCAUGGUCAUGGUCUCAAAUCCGCGAAAGCUUAAUGGAGUUAUCCUAACGGAGAACAUGUUUGGUGACAUUCUGUCGGAUGAGAGUAGUGUAAUUCCAGGCUCGCUAGGUCUGCUACCCUCCGCUUCCUUGGCUGGAGCACCAUCGAAAACGACUACAUGUUCAGGCCUCUACGAGCCCAUUCACGGAUCUGCUCCCGAUAUUGCUGGUCAAGGCAUCGCCAAUCCCAUCGGAACCAUCCUCAGCGCGGCCAUGCUCCUCAGAUACUCUCUUGGACUGGAGAAGGAAGCAGCGGCAAUUGAGAGUGCUGUCAGAAAAGUCUUGGAUUCAGAAGAGACUGGUGGUCAUGGAUUCAGAACGAAAGAUCUAGGUGGGAACGUGGGCACGAAGGAGAUUGGGGCUAAAAUCGCAGAGGUCCUGAAGGGAUUGUUGUGA